GCCUGGAUGCCUGCCCUAGAAUCUUCGAGUAGAUAUUGAUGUUGGGAAUAAAUUUCAUUUCCAAAUGAAAUUUUUAAGCGUUUGACAUUAUUUUGGAGAAACUUAAAAAACCAGACACAGAUCAUUUACUUACGUCGUGUUGCUUCCCCAAAGUCACGCAAUCCACAGAAUCCAUUCAGUCGGAUGAAGUUAUUUGGUGUUAAAACUUGCGAAAGAUCGAACACGGGGCAUGGACUAGUUUUGCAUUCGACAUGAGAAAGCGUGAUAAGGAAGUGUUUUAUAAACUUCGUGUUCUGUUUCCAUACUAUUGGUGACAGAUACUUUCGGAUUUUUCUUCCAUCUUUAAACUUACGGAACGGGCCUUUAUGAGCGCGAUUGGUUGGAGCAACGGCUCAGAUUUGAACACAGUGGAGUAGAGUAAACCGAUGGGAUCAGUUUCUCUGUAGACGGAACUGGUUGACGGCCGGGUGAUAUAGCUAAGAACCACCCAUUGUUGAAAUCACUUCAGCUUCUUCAAGUCCGCGAAGGCGACGAAUUUUAAUCCUUUGGUAAAAGCCAUAAGACAUCAGAUGUCAACGAUGGAACACUACCAGCAAUAUAGUGUUACCACAGCGUUUGUUUGCCCUUUAUAUAUCCUCACCGUGAUUGUGGGAUCCCUCGGCAAUGGCUUGGUAAUCUAUUCUUAUGUGACCGACAGCUCCAUUCGAAAAGCGUUUUACUUUCUCAUCACUAACUUGGCCAUCGCCGAUCUUUUGAUAUCCCUCCUUUUUACACCAAUGCUGUUCAUCUAUCGAGUGUACGCCAAGGCCGAGCUUAUAGCAUACACACCAAUCUGCGAGAUCAGUCUGUUUCUCUCCAUGUUCAGCAUUUCCCUGAUGUACUUUGUCUUUCCACUGUUGGCAUAUCAUCGAAAAGAUGUCAUGUUGCGACCACAAAAUCCCAGGCUCUCUCUGGUCCAAGCACGCCUGAUAGUGUCCAUAUUCUGGAUCCUAUGCAUCGUGUCCGCUGUGUUUAUGGUCCUCAUGGCCCGAAAUGAGUUUACGAGUGGUGACCCGUCACCAAAGCUCUACCGCUGCUUGCUGAUUAACCAGCGUCUGGAUACAUAUGCAAAGGUCUUCCUCGGGUACUCGGCGACCCUGUAUGGCCUAUCUAUUGCCUUUACAGCCAUGAUCUACCUGCAGAUAUUUUGCACCUUGCGAACCCACCUUGAAGGAGUGAAUGGAUCGGCGGACGAGCGACAUACUACCAAGUUGUGCUUCUGGAUAGCAAUCGUGUACACCGCAUUCUGGACUCCGUUCCUCCUUGUUCAACUUGCCGGUAUCUUCGGUACCUACACAGAGCUUUAUUUCAAUCUUCACGGCUGUUCAUCUGCUAUUGGGGUCCUUGGGUCAGCAGUGAACCCACUGCUGUAUGCUGUCAUGAAUCCAUAUUAUAAGACCAGGAUGUGCGACUUGUUCAAGCGACUGACUUGCCGCGAAACGGCUCCGACCGUGACAGAGGAAAUUUAGAAACUAAAAGUUUUUGUCCAGCAAGUGACGAAAGAGUUAUAAGUAUACAAUCUUUCCCGGGCCAAUGUGGUGUACAGGAAAAAAGUACGGUUUAAGUUUUAAAGUCGUAUUUUGAGGGGAUGGCUGAUGCUUUAAAUGGAGUAAGUUAACUGAAAUUUUAACUGAGUUAGCGUUCGUUUGAGAAGAAAUGCUGUUUUGACCAGCCAAAAUAUGGUAGACAAAUUCAAAUAGCAAUACCACCUUUCAUUCUCUCUGCCCUGCUACUAUUUACAAAUAAUUAAGUUAUUGUCAUAUGUAAAACAUGUAAAUUGUUGUGAUAGUUUGGGGAAGGUAGUAUUGGAGUGAAUAAAGUGUUUCUUGAUGACCAAAUAAACGAUGUAACAAAGAGA